UCUUUUUUUUCCCUUUUAUUUUAUUUUUCCCCCCAAUCUCUUUUUAUCCGCUCUGCGCUGUUUCGGCUAUUUCAGGGACGGCCACAGCCUGCCUCACACACGGACACACAGGGCCCACCCCAGCCCAAAGGCAAAUUUGGAGGCCUUGAACUUUUCGUCCCCGAGGCUGGGCGGCUCCUGGCUCGGCCGAGCUCUCCCUCCGGGGAACCGGAGCGUUCCGAGACCCCUCCGGGACGCCCCAGCUCCGGCCGAGCCCGCCGCAGCCCCGGGCAGCAUCGGUCUCGGGUGGGUCUCGGGGGGUUCGGGGCCCCCCGGCGUGUCCUUCGCCAGGUCCCGGUCGCUGGGGAUUGAGCUCUCGGGGAUGUUGGGCUCUCGGCAAUUGGAUUAACAGCUAAUUUAUUUAUUUUUAAUCCACCGUCAUUACAACCGCUUCGAUUUGAGGGGAUACAAGGCGAGGCGAAGAGGGGUGCCGCCCCCCCCCCGGCCCCCCUCGAGGUGAAGCAUCGCCGCCGCCGCUUUUCCGCUGGGUUUUGCCCCGUUGCAGAGAGCGGCGGGACGGAGCCCCGGGGGGCUGGGGGGGAGCUGCCCGGGACCCCCGGCCUGGGACGUCGCCCAAGGAGCCGCUCGCCUCGGUGCCGGUGCCGGUCUGGGGGGGCCGCAGCUGCCGGGAGCGGCUGUACCGGAGCGGGGGGCAGCGUGUGUGUUUUCGGGGUUCCCCCGCUGCCCGAUCCCGUGGCGGGGGCGCUGGGGUAACUCCGGUAGCAGCGGGGACCCUCGGACUACCGGGCAGCGGGGGGCAACGUGGGGAAAAGGAGGGGGGAGCCCCCCCCGGCUGGCCCCGAGGGGUGCGGGCAGCCCCGGGGAGGGGAGGGCGGGCAGAGCCGGGCCGGGUUAUUUCUUUAUUUGCUUCUAUCUCGGUUAGCGCUUCUCUGCGCAGACGGGGGUCGCCCCCGAGAAGAGGGGACCCCCCCCCCCCCCCCGCCGCGGGAGAAGGAGCCGGAGCCACCGCCCCCGGCCCUGCCCGUACUCCCGGGGCCGGGCAGCGACCGCCGAGGGGGUCUUUUGUUUACCCAUCGGUAUCACGGAACCGGGAGAGCAGGAAAUUGCGUCUGUGCCGGGCCGUUAAUUUAAAAUCGCUCCUUUUCCCCCACCCUCCACCCCCCCGAACCGCUCCCCGCCGCGGCGGGGGCUGCGCAGAGGCGCGGGGUGGGGGCCGGAGCAAUAAGGACCCCGGCUUCUACCUCCGCAGCUCCCUCCCUUCGGCCCCCCCUUCCCCUCCGCCCCCCUAAAAUUACCACAUACCCCCCCCGCCCCCAGUAUUGAUUUCCCCGCACGCGAAUCCCAGCGCAGCGCGGCGAGACCGGGCACCGGCGGCUCCUCCCCACCGGCACCGGCACCGGGACCGGUUCCCCAUGGAAGGGCAGCGGCUGCGGCCGGAGCACCUCAAGUUUUCCCGGAGCGAGGGAUGAGCGAUGGAGGGGCCGAGCCUGGCAGGAGCCCGGUGCUGCCGGCCGAGCCCACCGCCACCGGGAGGGCCCGGGAGAAGCCGCCGACCCGGGCGGAGCUGGAGAGCGCUCUGCGCGGCGGCGGAGGAGGAGGAGGAGGAGGAGGAAGAGGAGGCGGCGGCGGCCGCGGCGGCUUCAAGGACAUCCCGGGAACGUCGGCGGUCAGCCCCGGCUCCUCCAAGGAGUGCGCCCCGGAUAGCGAGAGCCCGUCGGGAACCGGCGAGGCGGACUAUUGCCGCCGCAUCCUGGUGCGAGAUGCCAAGGGGACGAUCCGGGAGAUCGUGCUGCCCAAGGGCCUGGACCUGGACCGGCCCAAGCGGACGCGGACAUCCUUCACAGCGGAGCAGCUCUACCGCCUGGAGCUGGAGUUCCAGCGCUGCCAGUACGUGGUGGGCAGGGAGAGGACGGAGCUAGCGCGGCAGCUCAACCUCUCCGAGACCCAGGUCAAGGUCUGGUUCCAGAACCGACGCACCAAGCAGAAGAAGGACCAGAGCAGGGACUCUGAGAAACGCUCCACCGCCACCUCCGAGUCCUUCGCCACCUGCAACAUCCUCCGGCUGCUGGAGCAAGGCCGGCUCCUCUCCGUCCCGGCCCCCCCCAGCCUCCUCUCUCCCACCUCCAACCCCAUCGGCGCUCCCACGGGCAACGGAUCCGGCUUGGCCACCCCGGGAACCACCUCCCCCGGGCUCGGCGGCGGGAGCAGCCCCCCGGGGCCGGGAGCCUUCAGCCUGCAGGUCCCUUCUCUCGCCUCUUCCUCCUCCUCCUCCUCCUCGCCCAGGCUGCCGGCCACCCCGCUGUGCUUUGGGGGGCCACUCCUGGGCAGCCUGCACGACCUCCCGGGCGCUUACGGACUGGGCACUUCUGCUUUUGAGCCUUACACACGGCUGGAAAGGAAAGACAAUUCUAUACCCAGCAAGAAACCGAGCCCUUAAAUCAAAAAUGAGUGUCAAAAGCUCUCCCCCCUGCCCACCCCCACCCCCCACCCCGCCUCGCCACCCCCUGUGCCCCCCACGCAAGCUGCCCUUUGGCAAGUGGGGUGUGGAAGCCCGUUUACCGCCCGGCCGGGUGUGCGUGCGAGUGUGCUCACACGUGUGUGAGCGUGCACGCCCGGCCCCCUCCCCGCACACCCUGCUCUGCCCGGGGAUGCCACCCUGCUGAUGCUGAACCCGGUUAUGCCUGGGGGGGGGGGGGGUGGAAUGUCCCUGGGUGUCCCGUGUCACCGGCGCUGCCCCUUCCCUCGCCAAUGCCGCUGGAUCUGCCAGGGCCACGUCCCCCCCCCUCCAGAUAUCGCCCGUUCAGGGGCUGGAAGAUGAUGCCGUGGUCUGUGCUGGGAGAGGAGCAGCUCCGGGGGGGUGGAGUGGGUUGGAUGCUGGGGGCGGGGGGGUGGUUACUGGUGCCCUGUGGUUUUUUGGCGCCGGGCUCUGGCCCUGCCUGGCCGUGGUGUCCGUGGGCAAGCGUCGGGCCUCAGUUUCCCCACCUGCUGAGGUUGUCUCGGAGCAUCCCGGUGGCUGGGGGGGGGAUUGAGGUCCCCUGUGCCAGUGGGGAACACUGCUCCCAUGGGGGGCUUGUCCCCUCCCAGCCCGGGGCUGGGGGAGGUUUGUGGGGGACCGAUGGUGCCGGGGAUGUCUCCAGCCCCCCCUGCGCCGGCGGUCCCCGCGCUCGGGAGCAAGCAGCUGCCCCGACUGAUCGCGGAGCCAAACCACCCUCCCAGCCCCUGUUUUGGUGCUGUCCCACCCCCGCAACCCCCCGGGGGACACUGGAGGAGCCUCUGACCCUCCCGGGGGGGGACCCUGGUGGGUUGGGGCCAGGCUGCCAUCCUGCUCCCCCACCGAGGGGGGUGCAGACGCGUGGGCACGUGUGACACUGGGAUCUGCCCCUCUGGGUCAGGCCGGGCCGUGGGGGCUCUUUGCCAUCGGCAGGAGCCCCAAAGCACCCCCAGCCCCGUCCUGGGGUGCUGGGUACUCAGCUCUGGCACUGCAGUGAGCCCCAUCCUGAGCGCUGAGCAGUACCAGCACCCAGCAAUUUGCUCCCAUCACCUGGCAGAACCAGGGUGCAGCCCUGAGAGGUGCUGAGCACCCGCCGCCUGCCCCUCGGGCAGCCUCAGCUGCUCUUCCCCACCUCAGCACCCUGAUCGAGGGUGACGAUGGCUUCCCGCCGGGCAGGAUUCGGCCUCGGGUGUGCGGUGCCGGGGCCGUUCUCAGGCAUGGUGGGGGCGAGCUCCGUGGGGGUUGGUGGUGGGCUUGGAGCCCCGCCAGUGGCAAAACCGAGAGGGGCAACGCAUGAGGUGGUCCUUGGGGAAAGGGGAAGCCCCCCCCCCCCCCCCCCCCCCCCACGCCGGUGUCUGCUGAGGGAGGUCUGUGGUGGGCAGAGUCUGGCCCUUCUGUGGUGUGAGCAUCGCCCUGGCUGGGUGCUCUGGGGGUGGCAGCACCCUGGCUGGGUGCUCCGGGGGUGGCAGCACCCUGGCCGGGUGCUCCGGGGUGGCAGCACCCUGGCUGGGUGCUCUGGGGGUGGCAGCACCCUGGCUGGGUGCUCUGGGGGUGGCAGCACCUUGGCUGGGUGCUCCAGGGUGGCAGCACCCUGGCUGGGUGCUCCGGGGGUGGCAGCACCCUGGCUGGGUGCUCCGGGGGUGGCAGCACCCUGGCUGGGUGCUCCAGGGUGGCAGCACCCUGGCUGGGUGCUCUGGGGGUGGCAGCACCUUGGCUGGGUGCUCCAGGGUGGCAGCACCCUGGCUGGGUGCUCUGGGGGUGGCAGCACCUUGGCUGGGUGCUCCAGGGUGGCAGCACCCUGGCUGGGUGCUCCGGGGUGGCAGCACCCUGGCUGGGUGCUCCAGGGGUGGCAGCACCCUGGCUGGGUGCUCCGGGGGUGGCAGCACCCUGGCUGGGUGCUCCGGGGGUGGCAGCACCCUGGAUGGGUGCUCUGGGGGUGGCAGCACCCUGGCUGGGUGCUCCGGGGGUGGCAGCACCCUGGCUGGGUGCUCUGGGGGUGGCAGCACACUGGCUGGGUGCUCCGGGGGUGGCAGCACCCUGGCUGGGUGCUCCGGGGGUGGCAGCACCCUGGCUGGGUGCUCCGGGGGUGGCACAGCCCUGGCCAGACACCCUGCAGGGACAUGGCUGUGGCAGGAGUGGGGUGAUGCCCUGAGCCCCCUCCCAGCACCCAGGAGCUGCCAUGGGGCCACCCCCACACAAACCGGGGGGGGCUCCUUCAUCCCUCCACUGCAGUUUCAUCUAUAAUAACAAUAAUUACCUACCCCGAGCAGCCCCCCAGGCUGGCCCGGGCUGAGCAUCGCUGCACCCCCCCCACCCAGGCUGCUGCUCCGUAGGGACCGGUCCCUAUGGGGGACACAGCUGCUAGCCCACGUGGUCCCAGGAUUUUGCAGGGAAAUAUUUAAAAUAAAUGAGUUUAUGAAAA